AUAUCACCUACAUUUAAGCACGGUGAACAUUUACAGUGAAAUAAAAGUGCGCGUCUUCAGUAAAAAUAUUAUAUGAAUGACAAUUGUGAAAUAUUUACUAAGCUGUAGGACUAGGAGUACCAAAAUCUGCAAAGAACACCCUUGCUAAAGUUAACUUUCAAACAACAAGAUGGCCAAAAGAAUAUGUGUCAUCGGUGCAGGACCCUCAGGAAUGUCAACAUUGUUUCACUUCGCAAAACUACAACCAAUGCCAGAGGUUGUAUGUUACGAGAAACAGGGCACAUGGGGAGGACUUUGGAAUUUCUCAUGGAGAACAGGCGUGGAUGAACAUGGAGAACCAUGCCAUAACAGCAUGUAUAGAAAUAUGUGGAGUAACACUUUUAAAGAGAACAUGGAAUAUCCGGAUUACACUUUCGAGGAGCAUUUUGGGAAAAACACACCUUCCUUUCCGCCACGCCCCGCUGUAAGAGACUAUAUGGAAGAUGGCUCCCUCAUAACGAAAUUUGAAGAUGAAUGUCAGAAUUUCCUUUGGUAA